AUGGCUGUCACGUCGCCUCCGAGCACGCCGGCUCCCGUCGCUGCGACUCCAGCCUCCGACACAAAUCGUAAUCGUCGCCAUAUCAAGCCUCCUCCCAUGAACCUGAGACCAAUUCCCAAGGGCCCUUCGAAUUGGAAUCCCCCCCGCAAUCCCCAGGCUUUGAGGCCCAUCAAAGCUGAGCCAGACACGAAUUUGGAUCGCACCAUGACGACGCAUGCCCCCCCGCCUACUAACACAGGCACGGACGCACAGGGUCACUGGUAUCCCAGAAACUUUACAGAGCUAGCGAAUGGGCUUCCCUCCGGACCCAAUGUGGCUGCCCGUGCUCCGACCGUCGCUAUGCCUCUCCAGUCUAUCCAAGAAGAUUUUGGAGGCUUGGGUUCAGCGUCAGAAACGAGCGCCUCUUCGGCUUUGCAGAAGCGGAAGCAGGGCUUCCCGUCCCCCAACCCAACUCCUAAGCGCAGACAGACCUAA